AUGGCCAACUCCAACCGGUGGGGGCCACGCGCGGGGCACGCUUCCGCAUGGGUUGUCGCAUCUGGCGUUGUCGACUGGCUUCUCGUCGUGGCCACAGCCAUUGGUGGCUUCUACCUUGGCAACAUUACGCCCACCAAGAGACCCUUCCAACUUGAAAACCCGGAUAUUUCGUUUCCAUAUACGAUCCAUGAAACUGUCAGCACACGAAAUCUAGUCAUUGCCACUGUCGUUGCCCCUGUGGCCACAAUUAUCGUUGUGUCGCUUAUCUCAAUCCCUGGCUUAUCUGUUCCUCCAGGCACGCCGCAUGCCCUCUUGUGGCGACGCAAGUUAUGGGAGCUAUAUGCCUCGUUGCUCUCAUAUGCUCUGGGCAUGGCAGCACAGUGGUUUAUUAUCAACGGGUUGAAAAACAUAUGCGGCAAGCCACGGCCAGAUAUGCUCGCUCGCUGCCAGCCAGACAUUCUGAACGUGGCGCAGUACGUCGUGGGUGGUAUUGCAAACAUAACUUCUAAUGGCCAGCUGGUCAGUGCCGAUAUAUGCACCAACAAGGACGCGUCUGUUUUGAAUGACGGCUUUCGCAGUUACCUGUCUGGCCACAGCUCUUCCUCGGCGGCUGGCUUGGGAUAUGUCGCGCUUUUUCUAGCCUUUAAAUUCGGCGUCGUCUUCCCAUUUACUACUCUACCAGCCGAUAGAGAGACUUCAGCUCUUGUCGCGUCAGCAUUUCCAAGCCGUAGCCCCUUUACAAGUCUCCAACAGGACAUGUACGAGCUCCACGACACCGGCCGCCCCGGUCUCCUCGAUGGCCACUCUCUCAUAUCCGGACAUACUCGGACCCGCAAAGAUGACAACCGCCAACUUCGCGCUUCGCCAAAUGGUACAAUGCUGUCUACAAGGCGGUCCGGAGCUGCCCCACCACUCUAUCUUCUUGUGGUUGCACUUGUCCCAUUUUUCGCAUCCAUAUUUAUUGCUGCCUCUCGCUGGUUCGACUUUAGGCACCACGGCUUUGACAUCUUAUUCGGGUAUGCAAUUGGCACUGUGACAACACUGGUUUCGUUCCGCAUGUACCAUCUUCCAUUGAGUCGAGGAGCUGGCUGGGCCUGGGGCCCCCGAAGUGCCGACAAAGCUUUCUGGGCCGGCGUCGGAAGUCACAGCUGGGCGGUACCCUGGGAGCAUUUGGCCGCACGUACACAUGGUGCCGAAAGCGACUACGAAUCGGCGGUACCUCAUAAUACUGGAUCAUCCGAAGCUCCCCUGUCACGAAGAGAUACUGCCUCGCGCAGAAGGGCAGCCCAUGAGGCAGCUAGUAACAGUGGCCUUGGUGACGACCUGGGAAACGCGGUCUAA